AUGACUACAUCGCAGCAACCACCAGAACUUCCUACACCUUGGAGAGGAACACCAUUGAUCCACUCGACCCUGCUGUCGAAGCAUGCGGGAUGUCGAAUAUAUCUCAAACUUGAAAAUCUACAACCAUCCGGAUCAUUCAAAUCGCGCGGCAUAGGAAACUUCCUCCUCAGCCAUUUAAAAUCUGCCAAUGCUGAAGACCGGCACAAAACGCAUUUCUACAGUUCCUCUGGAGGCAAUGCUGGUUUGGCAUGCGUACAUGCCGCCGUUACUUUGGGCACCCCCGCGACUAUUGUUGUACCAAUGACUACGUCGGAGUACACCAUGAAUAAGAUGCGCGCUGCAGGCGCCACAGAGGUCCUGCAGGAGGGCGCUUCGUGGUAUGAAUGCGAUCAGUAUCUCAGGGAAACAGUUAUUCCGCUGGCGAAAGAAGCAGGAGACAUUCCGGUUUAUGUUCCACCCUUUGACGCGCCGGACAUCUGGGACGGACACGCCACUUUGGUGGAGGAAACACUCGCGCAGAUGAAGUCAGAUGGAACACCGGAUGCGAUUGUGUGCAGUGUGGGUGGUGGUGGACUCUUCUGCGGUAUCGUACGGGGCCUCGAAAAGGCUGGGCUGGAGGGUACAUCUGUCCUGGCUGUUGAGACCGAAGGUGCACACUCCCUUGCUUUAUCGCUCGAGAAGGGCGAGCUAUCGACCUUGCCAGCAAUCACGAGUAUCGCGACGACAUUGGGGGCGAGGACGGUUGCACCGCAAGCCUUUGAAUACGGUCAACGGCCGAAUGUCACGAGUGUUGUCCUGCCGGAUCACGCUGCGAUGGAGGGUUGCGUAAGGUUUGCCGACGAUGAGCGGAUCAUGGUCGAGGCAGCUUGUGGUGUAAGCAUGGCUCUGUGUUACGGCGACAGAUUGAAGAGAUAUCUUCCUGAUCUGACCAAAAGCAGCAAGGUGGUCGUCGUCGUGUGUGGCGGCAGCAAUAUUACUGCUGAGAUGCUAAGCAAAUGGACCGCCGGAUCGAAGGAGUGA